UGCGUUUUUAUUUGAACCCUUCUCUUGUUACCCCUCCUUUAUCGCCAACCAUCGACUGGCCCAGAGCAAUGAAGCGGGUCGAACCAUGCUAGGGACUGGGGAGGAGGUAUGGAACAUUUGUCGCUGAACGAUGUGUGGGCUGCAGGAUUUCUUUGAAGGCGACUCUAACUUCUUGAAGCGUCGAAAAGUCCGACUGUCGGUUGUGACAUAAAAGGGCCGGCGGUACCCGGCUGCGCGAGGUGACUCGAAGCGACUCCUGAUCGUCUUAGUCUCUUCAACUCUCGUGAGGUUUAUCUGAACUGCUGACGGGCCGUUAAUCUUGUUGCUUUUUCUUCUUUACAGGAAUUGCAACCCGGCUUUAAGCUUAUCUCGCCGGCCGUUUUCACACUUCGGCGGGUACUCGACUUGUGUGCAGCAAGUUGCUGAUAGUUCAAUUGGUUAAUAUCGAGUAAGUGGAGGGCUCUACCUGUUGUUUUCGUGCAUACAUCAACUCUUAUAGUCAGUGGACAUCAUUGUCAAUAGCAGAGCUGACACCCUCACAGAGUCCAACAACACAUCGCAAACAUGGGACUCAAGCACCUCCUGGCAAUGGGCCUGCCCAUCAUGCCCGCGGCCGCGGAGACCGUCCUCGGCAUCUACGUCUUCCACCGCCACGGCGACCGCACAGCCAAGAAGACGCCUCCCGUCCGCUUCACCGACCUCGGCGCCUACGAGGUCUACACCUCCGGUCUGGAAUACGGCCGGCUCUACGUCCGCGAAAACGCCACCCACCAGAUCCGCAACAUGAGCACCGACGACGUCCUCCCGGAGCAGCUCUCCGUCACCUCCCCCACCGACGUCGUCCUGCAGUCCUCGGCCAACGCCUUCCUCCAGGGCUUCUACCCGCCCUCCGGCACCGUCGAGGCCCUCGCCAACGGCUCCAGCGUCGAGGCGCCCCUCGGCGGAUACCAGUACAUCCCCGUCAACGCCGUCGCCACGGCCUCCACCAGCACGAACGCCGAGAGCAGCGAGUGGCUCCAGGGCGGCAGCGGCUGCGGUAAGGCCGUCGUCAGUUCAAACAACUACUUCUCCUCGCCCGAGUACGCCGCCGUCGACGCCGAGUCCCGCGACUUCUACCAGAGCCUGCUGCCCGUCAUCAACGGCACGUUCGGCGCAAAGGCCGCCACCUUUGAGAACGCCUACUCCAUCUUCGACCUCAUCAACGUCGCCAGGAUCCACAACGACAGCAUCCCCUCCGACUCCCUCCUCACCAACGCCACCAUCCGCUCGCUGACCGACUACGCCAACAUCCACGAGUGGAACCUCGCCUACAACGAGAGCGACCCCAUCCGCGCCGUCGCCGGCAAGGUGUUGGCCGGCCAGGUCCUCCAGGCCCUCAACGCGACGCUCAAGGACGCCGCAAAGUCCUCCUCCGUCAAGGCCAACAUCCAGUUCGGCGCCUACGCCAGCUUCUCGUCCUUCUUCGGCCUCGCCCAGCUGCAAAAGGUCUCGGCCGACUUCCAGACCGUCGUCGACUACGCCUCGUCCAUGGUCUUUGAGCUCGUCACCAACGCCACCUCCGCCAGCCCGGCCGCCGACGACGUCGCCGUCCGCUUCCGCUUCGCCAACGGCUCCGCCGGCAUCAACAACCUCACCGUCUACCCGCUCUUCGGACAGUCCGAGACCGUCCUCCCCUGGAACACUUUCGUCACCCAGAUGCGCCAGUUCGCCAUCGAGGAUACCAAGACCUGGUGCACCGCCUGCGGCAACUCCACCGGCACCUGCGCCACAGCCCUGGGUCUGGAUGGCAGCACCGAUGCCAACGGAACCGGCUCGAGCGGUAGCAAGGGAGGCGUCUCGACUCCCGUGGCGGGCGUCAUCGGCGCGCUGGUGACGUUGGUUGUGAUCCUGGGCAUCCUCGGCCUCGUCAUGCUCAUCGGUGGCCUGCGUCUGGUCAAGAAGUCCAAGAUCGCAAAGGAUGUCCCUGCCGCUUCUACUGCGGAACAGACUGGUGGUGCCAAGCACUAAGCACGCAAUGUAAGCAACCAUUGUGUGCGACCAAGUGUCCACGAUGGAUUUGUGAUCGAUAAUGAGACACGAUGAAUGUAUCGUGAAUAGUAGUCCCAAGCGGACAUGAGCUACCUUAGUAAUGAGAUGUUGAUACCACCCUUUU